GUAAGCCAUUCUUUUUUUUCACUCCUAUUGAGGAGGAUUUGAUACCUCUUUCUGGGUCUGGUCAAGGACGACAAAAUGUUUAAGAUCUUGUAAUAAUGACUUAUCCGCUAUAACUGCUUUUAAAGACCGGCUGGCUGCAGAACAAAAAACUGUUUGUGUUUGUCUUGCAUGAUACUAGUUUCUACGACUCAGCCCGGAUAUUAAGUAAAAUGUUGGAACAGCUCCACUUGAAAACGGCCAAGAUGGAAAAGAAAAACCAGGAUUACUUGAACUAUGACCCCGUCACCGGGGAGAAUUUCCACUACGACCGCACCGGGAUAAAACACCGCUACGUCAUGACCGAGCCCUUGCCGAAGUCCGUUCACCGCGGAGUCACACUUUUCCACGCGAAGGCAAUUUGUACUUCUUCUCAUGCCGAAGAACAAGCCGGAGGAACAACUUCUUGUUCUACUUACAACAGGACGGCCACGUCGACCAGGACUACAACCACUUGCACUUCUUCUGAAGACCCGCUCGUCCUCGUCCCUGAUCAAGAGGUAACCGUGAAAGUUCGAGCGAAAAAAUCGUUCGCGACGAAAGAUACGCACGACAGCUGGGUGGUGAAUAUGAACGCGUUUUUGUCGAAGCAGUACUACAGUCCCUACAUUGCGCAAAUCAUCGAGAUCAUCUACGACGACGAAAAUUACUACAUGAUCAUGGAAAGAGUCAAAGGUGUCGACAUGUGGACGUACCUGAACGGUAUUUUGACCAACGCCGUUGCUGCACAGAACACGACGAGUAACAUGAAUCCAGAUAAAAAUCCAAAUAUCAACAUAACUACUGGUGCAGCAACAAUCACGGGCGGCUGCACCAACAGCACUACAACUUCCUCCAAUCAACAUCUCCACAUCCGGACCAGCUACUUGGAAGAGAUCAAAUACUAUUUGCUCCAAGCGUCGCUCGCGUUGCGGGAUUUGUACGAGCAGGGAUUUUACCACAAGGAUGUGAAGAUGGAAAACAUGGUGAUUGCGAAUUUCGAGAUGACAACAGUGGAUCUUCUGCAGCAGAAUGUUAAUAUCAUGCAGAAUUCGACGUCCAUUAUUAACUCGAAACCCCGCCUGAAGCUGAUCGACUUUGACACGUGCGAAUGCGUCGAGAACUGUUUCGAACCCUACUGGGUUCUCGGAACCGACCACUACAUCGCGCCGGAGGUGUAUGGAAGUGCCAGAAUCGAAAUCGACAAAAUCGAAAAAUUUGCGAUGCACAAAAUCGAUGUCAGUUGGAGCCUCAGUUUCCAAGUGGCGCAUGACAAAUUUCGGGGGAACCCACAUCCAGUCCUCUGUCAUGCUGUUUGGGCAAAGAAGACUGCUCCUCCUGUCAUGCUACUCUGGCAGCACAUUGCAUACCCCUAAACAGGCUUGCAAUCGGCCUCAUUUGCCUGCUCCCCAAUACAGGCCUUCAGUGCCCUACAUUUUAUGCAUCACAAAUUUUUUGAUUUUAUCGAUUUCGAUCCUGACACACCCAUAAGGUGUACCGUGGGUUCUACUCGAAUGCUUCGGAAGUCUUGUCCAUCGGCACGAUAUUGUACCGCUUGCUGCUGAACCAACUCCCCUUCCCAAGGUCGAUUUACAGCGAGGAGAAGCCGGGGGACAAUUUUGUCAACUCGGACAAAGGGAAGAGGAUCAGCGCGAAAAUGAGGAAGUUUUUACUGUACGACGAGUUUCUCGGGAACGGGGAGACGAAAAUUUCGCAGAAGUACGGAGGAAUUUGUCUCAAGUUCCUCCGAAAGUGUCUCGCGGUGGAGAAAUUUGUGAACGCGACGGAGCAGAGACAGGCGCGGAACAAGUGGACGCGGUUGAGCAUUUUGCAACUUCCGGAAGAGUAUCAAAUGUAAAAAUGUCUGGGUCUGGAAGAAUGCAUGUUUGUCAUGCUUGUCUGGCAUGACUCUUAAAUCUGUCAUGCACGUUGCCCAAGAGCUCCAUUUUUCUGUGAUGCAAGAACGCAGUUUGUCAUGCAGAAUAGGCAACACCUAGAAGCUCAGAAUCUUGUCAUGCUGAGCCAGCAUUUGUGGCCUCAUCAUGAGACGCCACCCAGCAUCACAAGUUUCCAGACCCAGACACUUUUACAUUUGAUAAAGAGGAGUUUUUCGAUUCCGUGCGAAAUAGCGUCGUCGCGGACUACUUGCGGGAUUGGAAGGGGGAUUUUGAAAAGGCAGCGUUCCAGAAGCGGUUUACGUAUCAUUUCGACAAGACCGACGUGUGUGCGAGGGGGAAACUGACGGUGCGGGUCGGGGAGGGUGUGUACCCGGCGUGUAUAAACGCGGACAAGGGGAGUGUACUUAUCUAUUGAUAAUGGCUUUGUGUGUUUGAGAUAUGCUAGUAACACCAGGUUCUGAUCAUGAUGAAGAUAACACUUUAACACAAUCGACGCAUGACGAAAGCCAAUAAAAAAACGAAAUCUUCAAUCCAUUGCAGGACCUGAAACCCGUGGUGCUAAAAUCGAUUCUGCAGCAAGAAGCACCGGGUAGCUCUUGGAUGCCAGGUGGUGGAGGCCUGCAUCAAGACAGAGGACGAGAUCAUGAUAAAAGAGAAAGCAGUCGCUGGAACAGCGCGAACAAUGAGUACUUUACCAAAUCCGGUGUGCCCCUUCUACACGGGUACGAAGACAUUCAUGAUGUUCCAGCCCACCACGACGACCGCGGUGACCGCAGAAGUAGUUCUUUCCACAACAGGAGGAUUUCAUCUUCUGACGCGUCGUCUGGUUGCUACAAGGAGCAGCUGCUACUGCAUUUCCCACCACGCGUGAGCGGGGCCGGGACCACAAAUGAUAAGCACAGGAGGUCGAAACAAGAAAUAGACAACCGCGCGAACACUAAAGCUACAAUAGAAACAGAUUUGACGAUGACCACAAAUGACGGUGGAAGGCCAUCGUUUGACGAUUUCGAUUUCGACCACAGUAGGAGUCGGAUCUCGACGAAGACAAGGACGACGAAAGUAGCGGGCUUUGACGAGGAUGAUCGCGACGUGGUUUUUGCGCGAAAUUACAACGAACAUCUUCACGUAGACCAAGUAAAAUACCAAUCCUCCCCGUGCUCCACGUCGCAACAAGACGAAAUUACUUUUGACGAAGACGAAUUUUUCUACGCCAAUAACAUCAACGCAUGGAAUAAUCAGCAGGAGGAUCGGCAUCGUUCUUUCAACAGCAACAACGUGCCCUGCUUUCCCCCACCACCUGCUCCGAUGCAACCACAGCACGGCGGAGCUCCUUCUUGGAACAACGCCGCGGCGGUUUUACCCCCUACGUUCCAAGAACUGGGGGCACAACUUCACCAAACUCCCGGAGCAAGAAGGGAAAAUGCGGCGGCAGAACAACUCGAUAACAUUUUUGACUCCGCCAUGCAGAGUCUGAGUUGCAGACAAGAACACAAUAAUCAUGAUGCAGAACGGCAACACCAGCAAGAACAGUCGCAGUUCUACUACGAUCAGGUUCUGACCUGCAAUGUGAAUGGGCCACCAGUUAGCGAGCUGACCGCGGGUUUGGUGUUUUCCCAUAAGAAAAGCGGGAAGAACAAAGACAACUCUACCUGUGGCACCACGACGAGCAAGGGGUUUUAUACGAUGAACCUCCCCCACAGCUACACAGCGAACAGCAUUUCGACGCCGAACAAGGGGAAGUACAGUGCAAAGAAGGGCGGAAAGAAUAAAGGAAAGGGGAAGGGAGGAAAACCUCACUGGAAAAAGAAACAGUACUAUCAUCAGAACAACAGUUUUCAUCACAAUUUUUACCAGGGCAGCGGACAAAACAACAGCUACAGUCACAAGAAAGGAGCAUCAGCGGAUUAUUUCUUCGGUUCGAAGGCCGCGGGUAAUAUCGAAGGAAAGAUCUUACGCGGCGAGGAACAAACCUUCAAAUCGAGUCCUUGCCCGAGGAUCUUCGGGACAAAUGAUGAUGACUACAAAUGCGUGGCGGCUGCGUGAGGGGGUAGGAGUUCUUUCGAACUUCGCGAAAAACUAGAAUGGUAUCUACUUGAAUCCUUUUCUAAUGCAAGACUUUUUGGAAAAUUGAUUGUCUUUAUCCUUGACGCCGUUACGUAAACAGAUUUUCUUUCUUGCAAAGCUAAAUCUGUAUUGUCAUGAUAGAUUGUAUACAAUUCAGUAACUUUUUUUUACGACGCGCGUAAAUGUCCUGACGCGCGUCCAUCUAUAUCCGUCAAAACUGUAAAAAUUAAGCUAGCCUGAUCGUGUCUCGUUUCAGCAAUCGAAGAAAAUUGAAUUAGUAAGUUGUUAUACACGACAUUGCUCUUGUAUCUAGAUCUUUUGUGUAUAGUUUCCAAGAAGAAGAUAUUGAGAACAUUUUUUCAGAGUCGGACAACCGACGUUUUCUACUGUACACAUGUUUGUCAUCAGCUUUAUCCAGUGUGUCAGGAGCAGCACACCAUUGUAAAAAUUUCACUACGUAAUGGUAAAAAUCGUUUUUUUGUACAUCUUCUCUUGCAGGAUUGAAGCUGUCUUUUGCUGUUUUUGUAAAAAGCAAGAUCUUUCUUGUUGAACAUAAAGAAUUUAACUUUAUUUGUACCUUCUUGGCGAUUCUUGAUACCAUCAU